GGCGCAGGCGCGGUAGCGCGUCCUGAGCGCGGACGGUGCGGCUAUGGCGCUGCGGCUGCUGAGGGCCGCGGCGAGAUCAUCGCUGCCCUGCAGCUCCCUGAGGAGCUAUACGUCGGAGGGAAGACCUGAGCCUGCUAAGCAGAGGCUUAAGAAACCGAAGUUACCAGUAGGCCGAUUUGAUGAACCGGAGGAGUCCAGCGUAGAGAGGGAACCUCUGGAAAAAUUCCCUAGUGGAAUCAAUCCUGCUACAAAAGAGAGAGGUGGACCGAAGGGCCCUGAACCUACACGUUUUGGAGACUGGGAGAGGAAGGGACGUUGUAUAGACUUCUGAUGUAUAAAUGAAUCCAUAUUGCUGCUGAUAUAUUUCUAGUUGUUGAAGAGUAUGUACAGAAUAAUCUGAGCUAGAUUUGUUGUGAAUGUUCUUGCUUCUUUCAUGCUUGUGAUAAAUUUUCUGGGAUGCCUUAGGUAAAUAAACAUGAUACUACAACUGA